ACAAAAAUUCUUUAUCAGUGAAUUUUGAGAUUUUUUUUCGAAAAAGGCGCUAACAAUUUUCCUUUGCGUUUUCCUCAUGGAAAAAGAGAAAAUAACCUAAUUCUUGCGUUAAAUUACGAUAUAUUAAUUCACAUACAGUCACUGUAAUCAUUUGCUGAAAAAAUAUUCCGUUCGAAUUCACACACGAUGUCGAUGAACAGAUUCAUGCAUCCUCGAAAUCUCUACAAAACACCGCCGAAUUUCAAAGAACUAGCGAUCAAGUAUCCGGAAUUCAGAGAAUAUGCUCGAAACAACCUGGAUGGAAGUGUUUGCUUUGAUUUUAAGAACUCCCAUGCACUUCGAUGUCUGAACACAAUUCUACUGAAGAAAGAUUUCAAUCUGGAUGUAUUCAUUCCGCCAGAUAAUCUUGUGCCUACUCUACCUCUACGUCUUAAUUACAUUUUAUGGCUGGAGGAUGUAUUGGAAUGGAAAGCAGGGACUGAUUCGUUGAUCAAAGGAAUCGAUAUUGGUACAGGAGCUACUUGUAUUUUCCCUCUCUUAGCAGCUAAGAACAAUGGCUGGAAAAUGAUCGGUACCGAAAUUAACGAAACUAGCGUAAACAUUGCUGUUGAAAAUAUCCGUAGAAAUUCACUCGAUCAUCUCAUUUCAAUUAAAACUGUCCCUGAUACUGUUUUUCUGGAUGGAGUAUUCGAUAAGAUGGAGACAUUUGAUUUCUGUAUGUGUAAUCCUCCGUUUUUCAGUUCUGAACAGGAUGUCGAUUCUACUCAAAAAUCACGCACAGCUAAUCGAAAAGAACCGAAUAAUUGUCGAACUGGCGUCUCCGAUGAAAUUAUUUCUCCCGGAGGUGAAGUUGAAUUUAUUCGGAAUAUUAUUCGUGAUAGUUUGAAGCUUCGUGAACGCAUAAAAAUUUAUACAACGAUGAUGGGCCAUAAAAGCUCGUUGGAGAUAUUAAUAAAAGACCUACAGAGUCACGGAUUAACCUACUCACAGACUAUGUUCUGUCAAGGGCAUACCAUAAGAUGGGCUCUGGCGUGGACAUUUUGCUCAAUAGAACUAAAGGACUAUCUUCCUGAUACUCACAAAAAAGUUAAACCCAUCACUUGGACCAUUGAUUCGAAAUAUAAUUUCAAAGGAUGCGUUGAACGAAUUCCAAAUUUAUUAACUGAUCUAAAUAUCCCGUUCAAAGAAAUAGAAUCGUUCAAAAAAAGAGCCAUGUGGAAAAUAACCGCCCACGAAAACACAUGGAGUGGUUCUCGACGAAGAAGACGCGAACGUCAGAGAAUAAAUAAAAUACUAAAUUCCGCCGAUAAUACCAAACCGGAAUCCAGCAUGGAAACUUCUGACACUUCCGUCGAUGUCUCCAAAACAUCAGAAUCUUCAAACAAUGAUCAUCAAAUGGACGUAGACGAUGAUAAAAUCGAACGAAAUUCAGCUUCGAAACGGUCUUUAGAAGAAGAUGACGAUUCUCCGGUAAAGAAAAUCAAAACUGAAGAUGAAAACACCAAAGAACCUAUCGUUGAAGCUGUGCUCAAUUUAUACAGCAGUAAAGAUAGCAACGUUGAUUUGCAAAUGGCCUACGUGAGCGGAUCGAAAGAAGCGCUUCACCAAUUAAUGACGUAUUUGAAAAAUAAUCUGGUGUAAAGUCAGCAAGAUUUAUUAAGUAUCUCGAAUUUUUCGCAACAUUUUAUCUAAUCGAGGAUCGACGUUGAUGUUUUUUAAUCUCUUGUCGAGUAAACUGAAAUCAACCAGUUCUACCUCGUGACACGGAUCUUCUUCUGUGGAUAAGUAUUUUUGAGCGAAAUUGACAGCUGCAAAAAGAAGAGCAUUUGAUUAUAUGAAUUGGAAUGAAAUCGGUGAUAAUUCUGUGAGAUUCGAUGUACCUAAAAGUCUCUCACACAUUGCACAUAUUCCACACCACGUUCGGAAAUCAACGUGUGAUUUUUCUUUUAAAUCGAUCAAUUCGGAUACUUCUUGUUGUUCAAUUUGGGUAAAACUUCGACCCAUUACUUGUUCCAAAGCUGUGAUGAUUUUCUAGAAAAUAUUGUUAAAUGUGACUCGCGUUGUAGUACCUAUAUUAUGUAUUACCGUAUGUACGAUCAGAAUUCUUACCGAACUUGGUAGUAACCUUGUUUCAUUUAGUUCUGGAUCUAUGUGUAUUUUGAAUACUUCGUUGUAAAUGAGAUGACUUUUGUUCGUUAUGUAAACAUGUAACUUUAAAUAAUCUAAAGAUGUCAGUUCUGAAAUGACUCGUUAUUAUUAGUUUUGACCUUUGAUCAAACGUUGGAACGUUAGAAUUGUUAAAUUAUCAACCUGAUAAGCUACUUUUACUCAUUGGAAGCUCAAAUCUGGCACUACGUCGAGUGAAAGUACGUGGUAAAGUGAAUAAUGAUUCGGUAUUCGUGAUCAACGAAUUCAAACGUAGCUCUCGCCGGAGUGAUUUGAUUUCAUCGGUAACUGCCGAAGAUCUACGGUUAGUGAUUGAUUUCGCGUACACUUCUUCGUAAACCAUUCGUUUCUGGAGAAGUCGUCGAGUUUGUUUAUUUAUUCGGUUAAAAUUUAAUCGAGUUGCUCCUUUACCUGAGGGUCAGAUUCAUUAUCUACAGUUUCCAAGUCUAAUUCUCUCUGUAAAAGUUUCAGUAAUUCUGGAUCAAUGAUGUAAUGAUCUUGUAUUGCAUUUUCUUUACUGUCGUCUUCUUUCGAUGGAGUGAUUUCAUCGUUCUCUUGAUUUUCCAAUUGCAUUGAAUCGUCGUAACUUGAUACCUAGUGGCAAUAAAUUGUGAUUGAAAAAAAUACAGAUUAUGUAACACGA